GCGGGUGUUUGGUGUCCAAAACUUUGAGAGGCUGGCUUGUAGGAGUCGGCUUCACCCCAGCUCUGAGAAUUGCAGCUCAGCAAUGCCCCCAGGUCUCAGGAAGAUACAGUUCUGCUCAUGGGGUCUCCUUUUGUGGCUCAGCGUUGGAAGUGCAGGAGAUGCACCUCCUACCCCACAGACAAAGUGCACUAACUUCCAGAACGCUAAUCUUCUCCAAGGCACCAAUCUCAAAGUCCAGUUUCUCCUCUUCACCCCUUUGGAUCCCAGCUGUGGGCAGCUAGUGCAGGAAAGUAGUGACAUCCAAAACUCUGGGUUCAAUGCCACUCUAGGAACCAAACUACUCAUCCAUGGAUUCAGGGCCUUAGGUACAAAGCCUUCCUGGAUUGAUAAAUUCAUUGGCACUCUUCUUCGGGCAGCAAAUGCUAAUGUGAUUGCUGUGGACUGGGUUUAUGGUUCUACAGGUGUCUACUUCUCAGCCGUGGAAAAUGUGGUUAAGCUGGGACUUGAGAUCUCCCGUUUCCUCAGAAAACUUCUGGUGCUGGGUGUGCCGGAGUCUUCAAUCCACAUCAUUGGUGUUAGCCUGGGGGCCCACGUUGGGGGCAUGGUGGGACAUUUCUACAAAGGCCAGUUAGGACGGAUCACAGGCCUGGACCCUGCUGGACCAGAGUACACCAAAGCCAGUCUGGAGGAGCGCCUGGAUCCUGGAGAUGCCCUCUUCGUGGAGGCCAUCCACACAGACGCUGACAAUUUGGGUAUCCGGAUUCCUGUUGGACACGUGGACUACUUUGUCAAUGGAGGCCAAGACCAACCCGGCUGUCCCACCUUCAUUCAUGCAGGCUACAGUUACCUGAUCUGUGAUCACAUGAGGGCUGUGCACCUCUACAUCAGUGCCCUGGAGAAUUCCUGUCCACUCGUGGCCUUUCCCUGUGUCAACUACAAGGCCUUUCUUGCUGGACAAUGUCUGGAUUGUUUUAACCCUUUUCUGCUUUCCUGUCCAAGAAUUGGGCUGAUGGAACAAAGUGGUGUCAGGAUAGAGCCACUUCCUAAGGAAGUGAAAGUCUUCCUCCUGACCACUGCCCGGGCUCCAUACUGUGUGCAUCACAGCCUCGUGGAGUUUUACUUGCAGGAGCCAAGAAACAAGGACACCCUCAUCUCCGUCACCUUCCUUAGCAGCAAUGUUACUUCUUUGGUCAAGAUCACCAUACCUAGACAGGAACUCCAGGGGAAAGGCGUCAUAGCUCACACCAACCCUCAGUGCCAGAUAAACCAAGUGAAAAUCAAGUUUCACUCUUCCCACCGAGUUUGGAGAAAAGACCGGACCACCAUUGUUGGGAAGUUCUGCACUGCUCCUUUGCCGGUCAAUGACAACAAAGAGAUGGUCUGCUUACCUGAGCCAUUGACCUUACAAGCAAGUGUGACUGUUUCUUUUGACCUGAAAAUAACGUGUGUAAUAGUAUGAGCCUGGACAGGAUACAUCUCCCUGGAUUUCAGAGGAGGUUGGGCAGCUAUGUUCAACUUAUUCUAGGCCAUUACUACUAGAAGGAAGGCAAAACUCUUGAUUAUUUCCCUCAUAGUUAGCCACUUUAGAGGGGAGAGAUAGCUCAUCUAAUGGAGCUUUGUCUCUAUUACCAGUUUGAACCGCCUUACAAAAAUACCAUUUCAGCUUUUCUAUUCAUAUUUAACUGCAGUUGCCCCAUAUCCUUGAACAUCUGUAUCUAGGAUUCAAUAGAAACAUUCACAGGAAAAAUGCUUUAAAAAAAAAUAA